UCUCUCGGCAGCUUCGGCAACGGUGAGCGCGCGCCUUAACCUCAAAGUCCGGUGGGGCGACUCGGCGAGUGGGGAUAUGGCAGACUGUACAGCGGCGGCGCGCAACCUCUCCUUCCCAUACAUCGGCGGCGCGAGCGAGCAAGCAAGCAGCAGCAGCGACGAGGAGACUCUAGCGGCGGCGGCACGAAAAUCGGGCGAAUAGACUGCCGCGCUAAAAGGCGGGGACCGCCAGUCGAGCGCGACCGCGUGCAGGACUAACAUCACACGGCAUCAUCGGCCGGCGCUCAGCGACGACUCGCCUCUGUCUCACCUAUAUAUACAUACACAGAGUAUACAGUAGUGAACUUUUCAUCGCAUUACCUAUCAAGUGCGCGAUUCACGAGGAACACGUCGUCGUCGUCGUCGUCGUUGUUGGCGGCGAGGGAGAUAGACACACUCACGCACACUCGCGACUACAUAAUACACUCAGUGAGGAUACACUUACAACGGCGGAAGCAACGCGUCGACGCGCACGCAAUUCCUCAUUCCCCCGGCGAUCGAAGGGUUCUCUCUCUCUCUCUCUCUCUCUCUCUCUCUCUCUCUCUCUCUCUCCCUGCACUCUGGCCAUUGAGCAUCCAGCAGCGCUGGACUCCAAGGAAACGUGCGCGUGUAUACAAGAGGAGAAGCGCUUCCGACUGCAUUUGCGACAACUGGCUCUGCUGCCGGUGCGGAAGUAGCAGCGGGAGAGCAGCUUCCUCGUGCACGCGAGCAAUCCGCGAGAAGAGAGACUAGGAGCAUAGCAGACGACGCGAGCUAGUGCCUGGCAGGGCUAGCUUACUCGACUCCUCGACGCUUGCGGUUCACGUGCGACGUAGACAACGCAGAGCUCCGCGUACAAUCGCAUUUAUGCGAUCGCUCAGGUGACAGUACAUCCCGGACAGAAAGAGACACGGCCCAGAGCUGACCACUGCCAGGAGAGGAGGUUAGGAGGAGAGAGUCUGGAACGAGCGGAACCCGAACGAGAACGAGCAGACAUAAGUCAAGAUGACGAGUGUGGUAGCAACGAUAGUCCACGGCUACAGGGACAUGAUGGACAAUAAGUCCGAUCCCCGAGUGCGCGAAUGGCCAAUGAUGAGCUCGCCGUUCCCAACGAUAGCCAUCUGCCUGAGCUACGCGUACUUCAGCAAAGUUCUCGGCCCGAGGAUUAUGGAGAACCGCAAACCCUUCAACUUGCGUAGUAUCCUUAUAUUCUACAACCUCGCGCAGACCAUCUUCUCCACGUGGAUAUUCUACGAGUAUUUGAUGAGCGGCUGGGCGAGGGGCUACAGCUUCCGUUGUCAGCCGGUCGAUUACUCGAACAAUACCCUGGCGAUUCGCAUGGCCGCGACCUGCUGGUGGUACUACUUCAGUAAGUUCACCGAGUUCUUCGAUACGCUCUUCUUCAUCCUCCGUAAGAAGAGCCAGCACGUCUCGACGCUCCACGUGAUUCAUCAUGGAAUCAUGCCGUUCUCCGUGUGGAUGGGCCUGAAAUUCGCCCCCGGCGGCCACUCGACCUUCUUCGCGCUGCUCAACACAUUCGUGCACAUCGUCAUGUACUUCUACUACAUGAUCGCCGCCAUGGGACCCGAGUACCAGAAGUACAUCUGGUGGAAGAAGUACCUCACCACCUUCCAAAUGGUCCAGUUCGUCCUGAUAAUGUCGCACCAGUUCCAGCUGCUGUUCACCGAGUGCGACUACCCGCGCAGCUUCAUGAUCUGGAUCGGACUUCACGGCCUGCUCUUCCUCGGCCUCUUCUCCGACUUCUACAAGGCCAAGUACACGGGCGGCAAGAGCCCGAGGCGCGCGAUCAGCAGCCGCGGCAACAACCCCGGCGCCUGCAUGCCCGUCCUCAACGAGGACAACCAGACGACGAGCAGGCAUAAGCAGAACGGCGUCUCGUCCUACGCGACGAUCUACAACAAGGAGUACAACAGCUGCUAUAGCAAUGGCACCAAUAACGGCUACGUGGCCAACAACAACGCCAGCGACAAGAAGCUCGCCUAAUCUCAGGGGCAGCAGCAGCAGCAGCAGCAGCUCAGCAGGCGACGUGGCAAGCGCAGACGCGUCAGCGGCACGACGACGACGACGACGACGAGCAGCGCCAGGCAACAGAGGCUUGUCCUGGCAGCAAAGUCAUCCUGAUCGGCGACUCUCGUCUGAUUUAUCGCGACGCCACGUCGCUCCAAAGAUCGCUCCAUGUAGAGCGGGAACGACGUCUAUGUUUGUGUGCGUGUACGACGUGCUGAUAUACUCCGAGGGCUUUUACAGACAGAUGCACACGUAGAGGGAUGCUGCCUCCGGCUGGCUCGCUAUUGUUGCAGCCGGUUGUAACGACGUAGUAGAGAGCGAGAGGAAUGAAAGAAAGAAAGAACUCUGUACUACUACUACUACUACUACUACUACUGCUACUACUGCUACUGUAUACUUGUUCGUUUCCCUCACACAAGUUUCGUGUCUACCUUCUUCUACUUCUUUUCCGUUUUAACUCUUAUUACUAUUAUUAUUAUAAUAUUAUUAUUAUUAUGCGGUUCUACACUAUUUUAUUUUAAUUUUUUUUUGUUUUUAUUAUUAUUAUAUUAUUAUCAUUAUUGUAUAUUUAGGCGUUAAUUUUUCAACGCGCCGAGGCUACGCGAGAGUGUGGAAGGUUCUCGCGGACUGGCGGGACGUCGCUUUGGACGUGUCCGUAGAGCUAGUGCUAUAGAGUUUGUGCUGCUACGACCGUUCGAACGACGAAAAAUGUGACGAGAGAGUCGAUGAACAAAAUUAUGUGAUUUGCAAAAUUAUCAUUGCGUCUGAUGAUCCAAGAGAGAAUGUCUAAGCUAGUUUUGUUGGAGAGUAUACGCACGUGUACUUAAUCGAUGUUCAUUUUUUUUUGCAUGUGGGAUCUUGAAAUGUCGGAAAUUAUCAAACUGUACAUAGGAGCUGUGCGAAAGAAGAAAGUUUAUUUGAUAUUGCUACGAACAAAAAUUUCUGAGCGAAUGAUUUGUACAUCCUUAAUGUACAAAUCUAAGACUACUUUUGCAUGUUGAAAGAAUAUAUUUACAAGAAAAAGCAUGUUGAUCCUUUGUUAAACUUUAAAUACCUUUCAAUUAUACAUUGUAAAUUGACCGUAAAACAAUAAUUUCAGUUGGUCAGAAAAUGUGAGAAAGAGAGUAAAAUUGAAAAUUAUUUUUUGUUAAAAAACUGUAAAAACCAGAUAUCUUUAUUAUUCGAUUGGACGACUGAUUAUACUUUUCUCAGCUCGUCGAAUCCAUUAGAAACGUUGUUAUCACUAAUUGUAGCCAUUAACUAUAUAAGAAAGCCAACCGAUCUUUGAAAAGUCUGAGAAAUCAUCUUGCUGAAACAAGAAGCAAAGAAUCGGCCACACUCUCCUGCCUCGCACGACGUGUACAUUCUUCAUACAUUGCUACCUUUCUUUUUAAUUGUCAUCUACUUUUAAUACGUUUAUAACUGCGAGUGCCUGUCCGAGUGCGUCCAGUUUCGUGCGCUAGUUAUAAAUAUACAUUAUAAAUAUUAUAAGUGUGCGUAAUUUUCUCGUUGUGCGUGUGUUUAUUAAUUCUCUGCUUGUUGAAACAAAAAAGAAAACAGCAUCGGGCGUGAGAAAAAAGAGUUAUGUGCGCGAGUGCAUAUGUGCAUGUGUGAGAGACAGACCGAUUUAUCGCUUGGUCCGAAUGUGUUCAUCAACAAAAAUGGAUUAUAAGAAAAAAAAUGUAAUAAUAAUAGUUGAUAACAAGAAAAUCAUUAAGCUUUGGUGUUCGUCCUAGAAACUAGAGCUAUUCGAAGAGAAAAGAGAGUGCUCUCUGUUUAUUUUCUUUUUCCAAAAGAUUAUUCGUACGUAUCGAACUCGUACUUCGCUGCUUCUUGCUCGAACUUGUAAACUUUUGUAAAUUAGUCUGUGGUGCGAACAAAGUGAAUUUCGAUAAUGGUUUUCAUGUUUUUACGGCGUGAAAAUGGUGAAACGCAACUUUAUACAAUUUUGUACAAUUGUUAGUGAUGGAGACGUAAUAAAUAGUUUUGAUUUUUAUCAUAAGCGAAUUAUAUGGACUUGAAAUAAUGUUUACCAUACCAUUGUUGGUUACACUCAAAACGAUCGAAUCCCAAAUACUAGCUAUUCGGGAAAAUGAAAAUCAUUAUUUUUGAUUAUAAUCGAUAGUUAAAAAACAGUAAUAAAAUAUCUGACUUAUA